AUGACUCAAACUUUGGCCGAGACGCGAGAGAUUUUAGCCGAGAAAUCAGUACCACCUCGGCCAGACCAAGUUGGAGAUGGAAUUUAUCGUACUGAACUUGACAUCACUCGACCAAAAUCACCAGCUGAAUCCAACGCUCGAGACAGAAACAAGUUUGCCCGAACGGAUAACGAGAUUGCCGAGACCAUGCAAGAUUUAGCCGAUAAUUUAAAGACACCCGGGCUAGAACCACCAGACGACUUGGAAACCUCCACAAAGAUCGAAACCAUAGGAGAUAACACCGAGAACGCUGCACCUGCUCACGCCAAUGGACAACAACACAACGAGCUCAUGGCCAUGCUAGCCACCAUGAUAAAAGAACUGAGAGAUACACGUGAACGUGUCGCGAGACUCGAACCACCAGCUCACCGAGCACUGAAUCAUGUAUUGCCCCAAGCCUUAAUGGCUCAGUUUGUGGACGGUCUCCAAGAGAUAAUAGCCCGAAAAGUGGUGAGAGUCAAGUAUAGUGGCCUCCACGAAUUAUUGCAUCUUUCAGUUCAGGUGGAACAACAAAUCAAACGCAAAACCUCGCUAACAAACCAGAACCGAGGGAGCCAGCCGUGGCAAGCUAGUUCUAGUCGAACCAUUGACAAGGGCAAGGCCGUGAAAGUUGAUUCACGUCUCAAAUCAAAAGCCACCGAGGCACCAAAGACCAAUCGACCGGAACCAGGUAAGUUUCAAAACACUAGUCAAGCUAGAACACGCGAUAUAACCUAUUUCAAGUGUCAGGGACGAGGGCACUAUGCACGAGACUGUCCAAAUCAACGGGUAAUGAUCAUCACUCCGAGUGGAGGAUAUGAAUCUCAAGACGAGCCCGAAGAAGAGCCAGAGGACAAUGAAGAGGAUGUGGAAUAUCCUGAUACUGGUGAAUAUCUCUUAGUGACUAGAAGAGUCCUAAGUGUGCAAGUUCAGCCCGAGGAACGGAUCCAACGAGAGAACUUGUUUCACACGCGAUGCACCAUUAACAACAAGGUAUGUAAUCUUGUUAUUGAUGGAGGUUCAUGUACUAACGUGGCAAGCAAGUUUAUGGUAGACAGGUUAGGGCUGGUGAAGAUCAAGCACCCGAGGCCUUACAAACUACAGUGGCUUGACGAUGCUACCGAGCUCAAAGUAACCAAACAAGUUACGAGUCCUUUUAGUGUGGGCAAGUACAAGGACGAGGUGCUUUGUGAUGUUGUGCCGAUGCAAGCCGGGCAUCUUUUACUGGCAGGCCAUGGCAGGUUAAAGGAACUUGAGCUUCCACCCGAGGUAGAGGCCUUAAUCAAACGGUUCGAAGAUGUGUUUCCCGAAGAGAUCCCACCAGGGCUACCACCUCUACGAGGAAUAGAACAUCAGAUAGACCUUGUUCCAGGCCAGCCGCUACCAAAUAAGGCAGCUUACCGUAUGAACCCGGAAGAAAGCAAAGAGCUUGAGAGCCAAGCCAUAAACAACGUUACUAUCAAGUAUAGACACCCCAUUCCGCGUUUAUACGGCAUGUUGGAUGAACUUAGUGGCUCCACUAUCUUCUCCAAAAUGGAUUUGAAGAGUGGGUAUCAUCAGGUCAGAAUGCGUGAAGGAGAUGAAUGGAAAACGACUUUCAAGACCAAGCAAGGCUUGUACGAGUGGCUAGUCAUGCCUUUUGGCUUAACUAAUGCUCCAAGCACCUUCAUGCGACUGAUAAACAGGGUUUACAGGUGGACAAAGAGAAGAUCAAAGCCAUACAGGAAUGACCCACACCCUCCACCAUCGGUCAUGUACGAAGCUUUCAUGGGUUGGCCAGUUUUUACCGGCGAUUUGUGA